AUGAUUCUCUUGGAUCAGCUGCUAUCACAUUUUGGUAAACCGUCUUUGCAAUGGAAGACAGAUCGAUCAAUGGGUGGAUGGACUGCUGAAAUACAGAUUGAUUCUACUAUGCCUUGGGUUGCUCGAUGCUUACAGACUACGAAUGCAUCUCGUAAAAAACCUUCAACUCCGUCACAACGAUCGUCAACUCCAGUUUCUCCAAUGUCUAAUACACAUAGAACCAUACAUUCCCCGAUACAGUCCAAUCCAGCAGAUACACAUACUGAUGAUCCAUGGAAACGAACCAUCACUUUAUUGAAGCCAGCAGCACUCAUGAAUAUCAGCGGUAUAAGUGUGCUCAAAGCCAUAAAGAAAUUGCACUUGAAACCAAGUGAUUGCAUUAUUAUUCAUGACGAUAUUGAUCGAAAGUUUGGUACAAUAUCUCUCAAAACCGGUGGAAGUGCAAAUGGUCAUAAUGGCAUAAAAUCUGUCAUGAGUUCGAUGGCUUCAGAUGCGUUUUUGAGAUUACGCGUGGGUGUUGGACGACCUGAGAAUAAGGCUCAUGUAGCUCGUUUUGUUUUAGAGCCAUUUGAUUCAAUCGAACAAGUAGCUUUACACGACUCUGUUGCACCUUUGGUUCAUUCCACACUGUUUAAAACUUUGUCGCAAGAUUCAAUCUUGCCUAAAUAA